CCGCUCCUCCUCCGGCUCUGCGGGGGCUGCGAGCGCCCGGCCUCGCCGCUCGGCUCCGAGAAGCAGCCAGCUCCAUGGCCGCCUGAGAGCCGCCGAGAGCGCCGCGCCAUGGGGCCGCCGCCGGGCCCGGGCGCGCUCCUGCUCGGCCUCUCGCUCCUGCUGCCGCUGGUGGCCGCCGUGGAAGAAACGCUGAUGGACUCCACCACAGCCACGGCGGAACUUGGGUGGACGGUGCACCCGCCAUCCGGGUGGGAAGAAGUGAGCGGCUACGACGAGAACAUGAACACGAUCCGGACGUACCAGGUAUGCAACGUCUUUGAAUCUAGCCAGAACAACUGGCUAAGGACCAAGUAUAUCCGGAGGAGAGGAGCCCACCGCAUUCAUGUGGAGAUGAAGUUCUCCGUACGGGACUGUAGCAGCAUCCCCAAUGUCCCUGGCUCCUGUAAGGAGACCUUUAACCUCUACUAUUACGAAUCCGACUUUGACUCUGCUACCAAGACCUUUCCUACCUGGAUGGAAAACCCUUGGGUGAAAGUGGACACCAUUGCGGCGGAUGAGAGCUUCUCUCAGGUGGACCUUGGCGGCCGGGUGAUGAAAAUUAACACUGAGGUGCGGAGCUUUGGGCCCGUCUCCAAAAAUGGCUUUUACCUGGCCUUCCAGGACUAUGGAGGCUGCAUGUCCUUGAUCGCCGUCCGUGUCUUCUACCGCAAAUGCCCGCGGGUCAUCCAGAACGGAGCCAUUUUCCAGGAGACGCUCUCUGGAGCCGAGAGCACUUCUCUGGUGGCCGCGCGGGGCACUUGCAUCCCCAAUGCUGAAGAGGUGGAUGUACCCAUCAAGUUGUACUGCAAUGGCGAUGGGGAGUGGUUGGUGCCCAUUGGACGCUGCAUGUGUAAAGCUGGCUAUGAGUCCGUGGAGAAUGGGACUGUCUGCAGAGGCUGUCCCUCUGGAACCUUCAAAGCCAAUCAGGGAGACGAGGGCUGCAUCCAUUGCCCCAUCAACAGCCGGACGACGUCAGAAGGUGCCACCAACUGCGUCUGCCGCAACAGCUACUAUCGGGCAGACUCCGACCCGCUGGACAUGCCCUGCACCACCAUCCCAUCAGCCCCACAGGCGGUCAUCUCUAGCGUGAAUGAGACUUCACUGAUGCUGGAAUGGAGCCCGCCCCGGGACUCGGGGGGCCGUGAGGAUUUGGUUUACAACAUCAUCUGCAAGAGCUGCGGCUCGGGUCGGGGGGCCUGCACCCGCUGCGGGGACAACGUGCAGUUCACGCCACGCCAGCUGGGCCUGACCGAGCCCCGCGUCUACAUCAGCGACCUGCUGGCCCACACCCAGUACACCUUUGAGAUCCAGGCGGUGAACGGUGUCACCGACCAGAGCCCCUUCUCACCGCAGUUUGCUUCAGUCAACAUCACAACCAACCAGGCUGCCCCUUCGGCCGUGUCCAUCAUGCACCAGGUGAGCCGGACCGUGGACAGCAUCACCCUCUCGUGGUCACAGCCAGACCAGCCCAACGGAGUUAUCCUGGACUACGAGCUUCAGCACUACGAGAAGGAUCUGAGCGAGUUCAACGCCACGGCGGUUAAGAGCCCCACCAACACUGUCACAGUGCAGAACCUCAAAGCUGGCACCAUUUACGUCUUCCAGGUGCGGGCACGCACGGUGGCGGGCUACGGGCGCUACAGUGGCAAAAUGUACUUCCAGACCAUGACGGAAGCCGAAUAUCAAACCAGCAUCCAGGAGAAGCUGCCGCUUAUCAUCGGCUCCUCGGCCGCAGGGCUGGUGUUCCUCAUCGCCCUGGUCGUCAUCAUCUUGGUGUGCAACAGUCCAUCUGCCUCCCGCUCAGCCCGGUGCUCUCCUUCCAGAAGACGAGGAUUUGAGCGCGCAGAUUCCGAGUACACCGACAAGCUGCAGCACUACACAAGCGGCCACAUAGUGACCCCCGGCAUGAAGAUUUACAUUGACCCUUUCACCUACGAGGACCCCAACGAAGCUGUCAGAGAGUUUGCAAAGGAAAUCGACAUCUCGUGCGUCAAAAUCGAGCAGGUGAUUGGUGCGGGGGAGUUUGGCGAGGUGUGCAGUGGCCACUUGAAGUUGCCCGGCAAGAGGGAAAGCUUUGUGGCUAUCAAGACCCUGAAGUCUGGCUACACCGAGAAGCAGCGUCGGGAUUUCCUGAGCGAGGCCAGCAUCAUGGGCCAGUUUGACCACCCCAAUGUCAUCCACCUGGAGGGGGUGGUCACCAAGAGCACCCCAGUCAUGAUCGUGACGGAGUUCAUGGAGAACGGCUCGCUAGAUUCCUUCCUGCGGCAAAACGACGGGCAGUUUACAGUGAUCCAGCUGGUGGGUAUGUUGCGGGGCAUCGCCGCUGGCAUGAAAUACCUGGCUGACAUGAACUAUGUCCAUCGUGACCUGGCAGCACGCAACAUCCUGGUCAACAGCAACCUCGUCUGCAAGGUCUCCGACUUCGGCCUCUCUCGCUUCCUGGAAGACGACACCUCGGAUCCCACCUACACCAGCGCUUUGGGUGGGAAGAUCCCAAUUCGCUGGACAGCACCGGAAGCCAUCCAGUACCGGAAGUUCACUUCCGCCAGCGACGUCUGGAGCUAUGGCAUUGUCAUGUGGGAGGUGAUGUCCUACGGGGAGCGGCCUUACUGGGACAUGACCAAUCAGGAUGUAAUAAAUGCUAUCGAGCAAGAUUACCGGCUGCCACCCCCCAUGGACUGCCCCAGCGCUCUACACCAGCUCAUGUUGGACUGCUGGCAGAAGGACCGCAACCACCGGCCCAAAUUCGGGCAGAUAGUCAACACCUUAGACAAGAUGAUCCGAAACCCAAACAGCCUGAAAGCCAUGGCACCCCUCUCCUCGGGGAUUAACCUCCCCUUACUGGACCGCACAAUCCCAGACUAUUCCAGCUUCAAUACAGUGGAGGAGUGGCUUGAUGCCAUCAAGAUGGGCCAGUACAAGGAGAGCUUUGCCAACACCGGCUUCACCAACUUCGACGUCGUCUCCCAGAUGACCAUGGAGGACAUUCUGCGAGUCGGGGUCACGUUAGCAGGGCACCAGAAGAAAAUUCUGAACAGUAUCCAGGUGAUGCGUGCACAGAUGAAUCAAAUCCAGUCUGUGGAGGUUUGAGAAGCGGACGCUGUCGCUCGCACACCACCUCCUUGAGGCCUCGAUCCCCCUUUUUGUCCCCGUGUGUCUUGGAGUUCUUGCGGGCCCUGCGUACCCCUCCCCCCUAUGGAGACGGCGGCUGCAACAGGGAAAGGAACGGCCCCGAGGCAAAGUUGCUGCAGACUUUGAGAAUCCCACCCCAAAAAAGUUGCAAGGAUUGUCUUUAGAAGGAUUUUGAAAAACGACAGGCACGGUCAUGGCCUUUCUUUUCCCAAGGGCUUCGAGACAGGCUGGGGAAAGAAUCGCAGAGCGGCGCGUCUUCCCUUGCAUGAGCCAUUUCAGCCGUGGGCCCAGCUGUCUCCUCGAGUGCAAAGUGGACCAGAAAGUCUGGGAAUGGCAGGGAGGGGGAGAACCAAACUGCACGUCCCUCCAACUCUUGUUGGGAAUGGGAUUCCCCCUGGCAGCCAGCAGCUCAUCGAUGGGCCACGGAGGGACAAGAAUUAGAUUUUUUCCCAUGUGAUGGGUCAACUGUUUUUGAACAGCAAUGGGCCAGAGGGCCCAAGAAGUCUUCUGAACUUCCUUUUCCUUUGAAGGACUGAAACCAGAAGUUUGGGGUUUUUUUCUCCCCUGCCCCCUCUUUGUGGAUGGACUAGAAUCUUUGGCCCGAACCGGGGAGAAGAAAUUCGGGGGGAACUUUCGGAGGUCGUGGUUCUGUGUUGCGCUGGGACCGUUUUGUGUGUGGCGCUUCCCAGAGGCUCCAUCCUCCCCGCGCUGCCUAGUGGCAGCUCCUACAUAUCAUAUGCACAAGACAUUCGCAAGGCCUCACUAGAAUUGCCAAGGACCUGCCCCCAGCAGGCAUCUCCCCUCCGCCCCCCAGCCCCGCUCCCCAUGCCAUGUUGUAGAUUUGAUGUGCAUUUUCCAUUCGGUUAUUGUCGUUUUGAGGGGGGGAGGUGAGAGAAACCCUUUGUUGUUUUCUUCUUUGUUUACAACCGUUUGCGGAUUGGGAAAGGUGGGGUGGCUUCUUUUGGGUUGUUCAGUUGAGUUUGUAUGAAAGCAGGAUGACAUUUCCAUUAUCCUCGUCUCCCACUGACACACUCCGUCUCCUCACAGAGG